AUGGGUAGCUUUCAAGUGAACGUUCUGCUCAGGCUGGACAAGUUGCAGGCAUGCCAAGAAGAGCAGAUGAGCCUGCUGCGAACGUUAAUGGCCCAAAAACAGUCGACGCAAGAAUCAGGGAUACCCGAUGGCGAUGUUGAACCAUUCGACCGCCCAAUGGACAACCAAGAAGAAUACCAGGCUAUUGAGGCUAAACUGAAGGACGAUCAGUUUAGAAAGAAAAUGAUACGCUACUUGAGCCUAUUGGGGGGACACGACGUCAACCAGUCUGUGCGUCGAGUUCUUCGAAAGAUAGGGACUAACCAACUCUGGUCGUCGUUCAGUCUUCUAGGACGCAAAGGAAAACUGAGUCUGAAGGAUGGUUCUUUUUUCCUAGUGAUAAUGAAGGCAUGCAUGAGGAAUCACCCAAACUCUAAGGAGGUCGAGAUUGAGAAAGCGCUCGGAGAAUAUCUGAAAAGAACUCCAAACCUUCCAGGCGGAAAGAAUUACAAAGUACAUCAGAAACCUGGAAAUGAUGUAGCAGGUCCAUCUGAGGAUCCAUCUGAGGACAAGAACGGAGAUCAGGAUGAUCAGUAGCGACACUACAACAACAACAACAAGGAUGACCAACGGGUAUUAAACAGCAUGUUCAAAUGGAAUAUACAUCAUAUGCAAACAUAAAAUACAAAAGCAUGUUAUAAACAAAAAUACCUUACUGGAAUGUUAACGAA